UCAAAGAAGAACCUAUCGGAAGUGUGCCUCACCUCAAAACGGAACGACAAUAAACGGAGCUCAGUCAAAGAAAAGCAUCAAAAUGUUGAAAGAUUUGGUGAGGGAGCGACUAAUUGCGGCCGCUGACGAAAUAUUCAUGCUAUUCGAAAAAUCGUACGAGGAAGAACUUUGCCGAAAGAGAGAAGAGAAUGAGCGACAACGACGAGAACUGGAGGCUGUUCGCAAGGCACACGUAGUGGUGCUACCCGACGCAGACAUCCAGCUACUGAUCAGUCACCAAGGACAAGAAUUUUCCCCUCGGCUACAGGGGGGCACCAGCAGUUUGGAGCAUCCGCAGCCCCUCCACGUUAGAGAACAGGAGGCAGAUGUCCCCAUGAAAAGCGAAGAGGAGCCGACUGAGUCGCAACGUAUGAUGGCAGAGACCAAAGGAGACCGCCUGUUCGCUCCGUUGUCCGACAGUGACGACAUUGGUGAACUUUUAAGGAGCGGUACCGACUCUGAAGAAGAAUAUGCGGGGAGCUCCCGAUUGGAGCAUCCCCAGCCUUCCCACGUUAAAGAGGAAGAGGAGGAUUCCAGCAGCAGCAACUUGCUGCUAAGCUCCCCCCUGGUGAAGUGCGAAGAUGAUGACAAUUCGCCCGACCGGCUACCGCUCGAUCAUGGCGCUCCGACAGCACGCGUGCAGUCGCACGCCGGCACCCGCACCAGGAAGAAACGGUUAAGCUGCUCGGUUUGCGGUCACAGAUUCUUUCGAAAGAUUCACCUGGCGGCACACAUGAGGGAACACGGUGGAGACAACGCUGCGAGCUGCUGCGUCUGCGGUCAAAGGUUUAGUUCAAAUGUUGCUUUGAUUGCGCAUGCGGCGACACACACCGUUGAUGGACCUUUGGUUUGCCCCAUUUGUGCGAAAAGAUUUUCCCGCAAGACAAAUUUAAGCCAUCACAUCCACUCGCACAGACAGGACUCCUUGCGUUGUUCCUUUUGCGAUAAGCCCUUCACUCAAGAGGGCACCAUGGCGACACACAUGCGGAUACACACGACAGGAAAAGACUUUCCAUGCCCGCUUUGCGGCCGGAGGUUUUGUGUCGAGGCUAACAUGGUGUGGCACAUGAAAACGCACAAGGCCUUCUAAUGGUCCCGUUUAAGGUCAAAAGAGCUCGAGAACAAAAUGAUGCAAUGGUGAGUAAACGUCGUCCUGCCCAUUUAGGCUAUGAUCCAGCAAUUGGACAAACAUUUGAGUUUUAACCCUGUAGGAUUGUUUAAAUCAUAGGAAAAAUGAAAAUAUUCAAAAGAAGUUCAGCUUUAUUUAUGGUUUGCUUUGUUUGUCUUCCAACAGCCAUCAAAUAUUAAAACAUAUUUUUGAACCA